CAAAUCAUGCACAGGAGCACAAAACAAACAGCCACAGCACAGAAAUUGUACUCCCUACUCUCCUGAGAACCAGCAAACCUUUCAUACCUGUCUCUGAGGACAGGCUCACGGAUGGCAGGGGACGUCACCUACGCGGCCGUGGCGAUGCUGCCGAGGGAAAGGCCCCGCGCUCCUCCAGGGACACCAAACCCAGGAAACACCAUCACGUAUGCUGAGCUGCAUGUGAAGCCCCAGCCCCAAGGGAGCAGCAGAGCAGAGACUUCCGCUCCUGGCUGCCAGCACAGGAGCUCAGCCUGGUUCUACGUGGCCCUGGUCCUGGCAGUCCUCGUGGUCAUCCUGCUGGGAAUCGUGGCUGUACAAGCCAAGCAGUUUUUGAAGGGCAUAGCAGGAAAAUCAGGAAGUUUGCCCCAGUAUGGUCUGAACAGCACCAGCAGUGACAUUUCUUCAGAGAGGACUGUCUCAGCACUCCUGAAACAGCUCGUGGAGGAGCUGUGUGAAGAUGGACAGGGGACAACGUGUGAGCUGUGUCCCCCUGGCUGGCAGCUGCACAGGGGCAGAUGUUACUUCUUCUCUGAGGAGGCCAGGAGCUGGGAGGACAGCCAGAAAAACUGCCUGGCCAGGAAAUCCCAGCUGCUUGUCAUUGAGGAUGAAAUUGAGAUGGAAUUUAUAGACAGCAAAAAUAAAGAUACCAAAUAUAUCUGGAUUGGCUCGGACAUCGAAGACAAGGAGAAAACACAGAGUUCAGUGGAAGAUCACAGAGUAAAAGAAAAGAGGACAGCUCCAAAAAGCACUGAGGCUGACAAGAACUGUGCUGUUUACAGAAGGAAAAACCUGAUCCAGACAGACAACUGCCAGACCUUAAAAGAGUGGAUCUGUAAGAAGAAUGCAACUUUGCUGGUGCUCUGAGCCACAUUUCCAGACAGCAGGCAGAGCUUCUCAUCAGAACACCCAUUUUACAGAUAAAUCAACUUGUGAUCAGACUUGCAGGGAAACUUGCACUUUGCUGUGCUGUGCUCCCUGAGAAGUCAGAAGACAGGUCCUGCAAUGGGGCUGCAAGCUGGCACAUGAGGAUUCUGGGGUGCUGAGCCUUCACACAGACAGAUUUGGGCAGCAGCUGCCUCAGGAAGGGUCAGAGGAGAAGAGAUACUCGUGGGGAGGAGCACUGUGCACAUAAACAGUGGAUGUACAAGAAUUUGGCCCCUGUGGGGCAUGAAAGGUGUGCUGGGCCCUCUGCUGUCAUCCCUGCUGAGCUGAGGACUUCUUAUUUGGGUUUCAGGAUUUUAGUGUUUGUUGAAGUUUGUGGCCUUGGGGUUUUGUGGUUGUUCUCCUUGGGGUCUAUUUGUGACUCACAGAAGCCACUUGAGGGCUGGGAAAAAUGCAUCUAUUGGACAAUGUCUUAUUUAAAGCUGCUGCACAGCUACUGGGUGUGGACAGCAGAUCAGGCAUGGAGUGACUUCUAACACUUGUGGUUAAUGUGCUGAUUGCUCCCAUCCUCUUCUGCUGCUGAGCCUUGUAAUCUGAAGGGAUUAACUAGGGAAGGGGCUUGGGCUGCAAAACAACAUUGAAGUGCAAGGAAAUAAAGUUGGUAACCUUCCUCUCCACCUAUAUUUUGUCCCUUUACAUUAUAAAUUCCAAUUUACAUUGUAAAUUCCACAGUUAUGGUAUGAUGAGGUACCAAAGCCAAAGACUGCUGAAAUAAAUACCUGGGAGUGCACUCAGUAAAUGCAUUACUUGGGCAUUGAAAUGCCAUAAAUAAAUGCUAUUUCUGGGUCUAGAACAAAAAAUGCUAAGAGCAGUCUAACCUAGUGCCUUUAUUAGAUUGCCAUGUUUGACAAAAAUGAAGAAAUGUCAUGAAUUGAUAGUGCUACUCUUAACAAAAAUGGCACCAACUGGAAUUUACAGCAAUGAGAAACAAGUGUAACAUGGCUUUUGAGAUGGUGAACCUUUACCUCAUCUUUGCUGUGAUGCACACAAAUCAAGGCAGCUGCAGUUUCUCAGAGAUGUUUUUUCAUGCCUGUGCAUGCCUGGGGAGGGUUAAUGUCCAGCAUUUUAGGGCUGCAGAUUAAAAAGUGAACUGUACCCUCAGGGACUUCCCUUCAAACAACAACAACAACAAAAUCCCAGCACAGAUUUGUCACGCAGAAUGCAGCAUCAGCAGCUCAAGACCCAUGAGAAACUGCUGUUAUGUAAGAGGAAACAAGAAAAAUCCCCCAAACUCAGCACAGCACGUGAGGGGAAGAGGAUUGGUUUGCUCAUUCUAGACAGAGAAGCAAAGAAAAGGAAAAAGUCUGAAAUGAGUAAGAUCAUCAUCUAUACCUAUAUAAUACAUGCUUUAUAGAGAGAGAAUUUCUGACUGCUGAGAAAUUUUCACUUCAGGGUACUCACAGCACACCCUUCUCCAUGCAGUGGAGUUGACAAUUGCUGGUUUUCCAGCAGAUCUAUCUUGAUUCAUGCUGAAUUUAAGAAAAAACAAACUCCUGCAUGCUGGCUUCUCUCAUAUUAGUUGUGGUGUUUAGUUUUUAACAAUAUUCAUAAAACAUCGACAAUUUGGGCCUUCUUGCUAUUAUUCAUGUAAUUAAACAAGUUUUUGCAGGGCCUUACUGAAGUUCUUACCUACAUUUUAAGCAGUCACUUAUUUAAAGGAAAAAAGAAAUUACCAUUGAAGUACUUCAUCAAACUCCACUCUGAGUAAAGCAAGUUGGCAGAGUUUGCAGCUUUACUCUUCUUUUCCUAACACCCCCAAGGAAGUUCAUUGCAUCCCUGAGGAGUCAGAUUCCAGAAGAGCUUUCACUUUUUAACCUUUUAAUAAAAAGUGUGACUCAUUAUGAGGUGUUAAAAAGGGAAAAACAUUGUUUUUUGGAUCAAAUAUUCUGCUUCAUGUCAGCCCCAACAUUAUGAUUAAAGAUGUUUUCCAUGUUCAAAACAUGAAUAUUUUACUUCGCUUCAGAUUUUUUUUUUCACCAAAAUGGUGCCUGAGAUGAAAAAUACUUUUUAUAUCUCAAUAUUAAGAUACAAACCACUGUAAUUCAGGGGCUCUGUA